UUGUUCUUCGAAUGAUAGUGUCGCGGAGGUGCAGACUGAACGAUUCGAUGUGACGAGCUGGACAUAAGUUGUACACCAAACAGCGUAAUAACAAUCGAGUUGGCGUUACCAGCGACCGUCGAGUGUUUGCAAUGGGGAAAAUUGAGUGGGCUAUGUGGGCAAAUGAGCAGGCUCUGGCAGCUGGACUCAUUCUCCUCACCGGCGGUAUAGUUGGGGUAGCUGGUCAGUUCAGGGACUGGGAAUUUGCUGCCUACGGGGUGGCUGCAGGUGUUUUCAUCUGUCUCCUGGAGUACCCACGGGGGAAGAGGAACAAGGGCACUAGUGUGGAAAGGACGGGUCAGUACUGUCUAACUGUGUGUGUGAAGGCUUUUGGCCCGGUUACCAGCAACUACUAUGUCAGAGCAGCACUGCAUGCUGCUCUCUGCGUACCAGGGGCAUUUAUCCUGCCUACCGUUCUGGGCUGUGUCUGUCUGGCUAUUGCCAGCCUCAUCUACCUGGCGGCAGCUGUACGUGGUGAGCACUGGCAGCCCAUUCUGCCCAAGACAGAGACUCGGGAGCGAGUGGGAGAGAGCAUUAAGGAGCCUCCCCAGAACCCCCCUCCUCGCCCACCAGCAGAGCUGCGCAGGAAACGACCAGAGGAUCUAGAGGGGGCUGCAUAUGUCAACCCCAUUUCUGUCACUGCCAAUGAAUAAUAACCUCCAAAACUCUGCCAGCUCAGCUCCACCAGGCUUAUGUUAGCUUAUAGGGGUGACCAACCACUCAAUACUCAGAUACCCUGCUCCUGCAGUGUCAUGGGGAGAGAGACGGUACUGAUGUUAUUGCACAUAAAUGAUAAAGCAUAGCUUGCCAUGAAUGGCGAUUGUGAUUGUUUGAUUUAUUUUUAGACAUUGCAGGCUGUUGUGUCCUGUCUUCUCUUUUGGCCCUCCACAAGAUAGAACUAUUCUUGAUUGUCAAUGGCUGCUCAGCUCUUAAUUUCUUUCCUGUUUUCACUCAUCUUUAAAAAACAAUGUGGGUGAUUUUUUUUCAACUGGGUUUUACCUCUUAGUAUAUUAAUACUCAAACCAAAAUGCCAU